AUGGCAAAGGCAUUGCAGUUACCUGCAAUAAGUCCGUUUGAUGUAAAUGGUGACCAAACCAGUGUCUCACAAAGGUGGGAUAAAUGGAAGAAAACUUUUGAAUUCUACCUAACAGCGUCCGGCAUUACAGAUAAAGCGCAAAAAAGGGCUCUGUUUCUGCAUUCAGCGGGAAGUGAAGUUCAGGAAAUAUUCGAUACCCUCGGUGACACGGGAGACGACUUGGAGGGCGCUAAAACGAAAUUGGAUGAGUAUUUUCAACCAAAACGGAACAUAGCGUUCGAGCGCCAUUUGUUCAGAAAUGCGGCACAAGGUGAAACAGAGAAAAUCGACAGUUUUGUGACUAGGCUGCGCAAGUUGGCCGUAACCUGCGAGUUUGAAAAGCCAGAUGACAAUAUUCGCGACCAAAUCGUUGAAAAGUGCAAAUCGUCAAAAUUAAGGAAAAGGCUCCUAAAGGAAAAGGAACUAACUUUGAAAAACGCGAUGGAUAUAGCCCGAGCUGGCGAAAUUGUAGACGAGCAAGCAGACAAAUUUAAGGGCAGUGAAACGUUUUCAAACUCUGAUGUUAAUACUGUCAGACCGUCGGUGAAUCACCCAAAAAGGUACGGGAGUGAGAAAAGUUCACAGAGGGAUGCCACGUGUUUCCGUUGCGGGCGCAAGGGCCACAUUGCAAGGAAUUGUACAAUUACUAAGGACAAAAAUUGUAAUAAGUGCGGAAAAAAGGAACAUUUCGCAAAAGUGUGUAAAACGAAAUCGGAUACCCCGCGCACAAAACCAGGUAGGGACCGCAGUACAAAACAUGUUCAUUUAGUACAGAGCGAAUCUUCGGAGGACGAGUCCGCGUUUGCCGUGCACGACAAGUAUACAAAUGGCAUGAUAGACAUGAAUACAGUGCAAAUGCUAAUCGACUCUGGCGCUACCUGCAACAUCGUAAACUCCGAUAUAUGGAGCGUCAUCCGCGCUAACAACGAGAACAUGUCCCUAUCGAGAAAUACCAAAAUAUUGUUUUCUUACGGAUCAAAGGAAUCACUACAAAUACUAGGAACUUUUCAGACAGUUGCAAAGUAUGGGUUACGUGAAACAUCUGCAGAAUUUGCUGUCGUUAAAGGUGAUUAUAUUUCCUUACUAGGGAAGGAUACAGCAGUCGAGCUAGGAGUUCUACGUAUUGGAGUCGAGGGGUCAGACCUUUGUUCUGUUAUAAGCGAAAUAGAUAAGAUCGUUGCCUCAAGGAAUACUGUUUUCGAUGGAGUAGGGAAGCUUAAAAAUUUUCAGCUUAGAAUUCAUGUCGACAAAACCGUGACUCCAGUAGCACAACCGCUACGACGCUUACCAUUUAAUGUAAGAAAAAGCGUGAACAAGAAGCUCGAGGAGCUGGAGAAGAUGGACAUAAUUGAGAAGGUAAACAACCCCACGGCUUGGGUAUCACCACUUGUUGUUGUGCCAAAGAAAAACGAGGAAAUUCGAAUUUGUGUCGAUAUGAGACGGGCCAAUACUGCAGUUCAACGUGAACGAUACCCGAUCCCGACGGUGGACGAAAUGCUGGAAGACAUGAAUGGCAGCAAGGUGUUCUCCAAGCUUGAUUUACGUUGGGGAUACCACCAGAUAGAGCUGGACGAGGAAUCAAGGGAGAUAACUACGUUUGUGACACACGAGGGCCUCUAUCGCUAUAAGCGCCUCAUGUUUGGAAUUUCCUCAGCAUCCGAAAUCUACCAAAGGGUGAUAGGGCAAGUCAUUCAAGGAAUUGAAGGAGUCCGAAAUUUGUCUGAUGACAUAAUUGUUUACGGAACAGACGAGGUGGACCAUAACAGGAAGCUUACAAAAGUGCUUGACAGAUUGGCAGAGAAGGGACUGACUCUAAAUAGAGAAAAGUGCAAAUUCGGUCUGUCGAAAAUUGUAUUCCUCGGACACGUGAUUUCGUCAGAAGGAAUCUGGCCUGACCAAGAAAAGGUCCAAGCAGUAUCAGAGACCAGGACGCCGACGAAUAGUUCUGAAAUAAGGAGUUUUCUUGGACUAGCUAAUUACUGCGGCCGUUUCAUACCGAAUUUUUCGACGAUUGCAGCCCCACUACGCGAGCUAACAAGGAAGAGCACGCACUGGAGGUGGACGCAAAAACACCAGGAUGCGUUUGACAUGCUUAAAAAAGCCCUUGUAAGUGCUGAAGCACUAGCAUACUACAACCCAAAAGCCGAGACGAGGAUAAUAGUGGAUGCAAGUCCCGUAGGACUGGGAGCCAUACUAGCACAGAAACAACCAGACGGAUUCUUUAAACCAAUUGCAUAUUCAAGUCGAUCUCUAACCGAUGUAGAGCAGAGAUACUCACAGACUGAGCGCGAAGCGCUGGGUUCAAAACCACCAGCCAGGAUCGAGCGAUGGAUUUUGCGACUACAGCCUUAUAAGUAUAAGAUCGUCUACAUACCUGGACCAAAGAAUGCUGCUGAUGCUCUAUCGAGAUUGAGUCGAAAUCGGGUUGGCCGAAUACGCCACAUUGCAGAGGAGUACGUGUAUUUCAUCGCAGAAAAUGCUGUACCAAAAGCACUGACCAUCCAAGAAGUUCGUCAGAAAACAUCGGAGGACCCAGAACUCGCGGAGAUUAUGAGGAAGAUCAAGACGGAGGACGGCCGUCUGAGUCCAAAAUUUCGUACCGUGGAGGCGGAGCUUUCAGUCGUUGACGGAAUAGUAUUACGUGGAUCGCGCAUCAUAUUGCCCAAGUGCCUCAGGAGGCAAACAGUAUCCCUGGCCCACGAAGGACACCAGGGUAUUGUCCGGACGAAACAGAGAUUAAGAGAGAAGGUAUGGUGGCCAGGUAUCGAUAUAGAAGCCGAGCGAUUUGUCAGAGCGUGUCAUCAAUGUCAACUUUUAAUAAACAGCAAUAGACCCGAACCAGUUCGAACAACUGUUUUACCUGACGGGCCAUGGCAGGAUCUGGCUAUAGACCUUAUGGGACCGUUUCCCUCUGGGGAAUACCUAUUAGUCGUUAUAGACUAUUUCUCCCGAUUCCAGGAAGUAGCCAUAAUGAAGAAGAUAACUAGCGAGAGGAUCAUCUUCCAACUUGAAAGUAUGUUCGCAAGGCACGGCUUACCUUACAGCAUGCGGAGUGAUAAUGGACCACAGUUUGUGUCGGAGGAGUUUAAGGGAUACCUGGAUUUAAAUGGUAUCAAACACAUUCGGACCACACCAUACUGGCCGCAAGGGAAUGGGGAAGUAGAAAGGCAAAACCGAACAUUACUAAAAGCUAUAAAGGCGGCAAACGCGGAACGUAAAGAUUGGAGACGAGAAUUACCAAAGUUCUUACUUGCGUAUCGCACGACCCCGCAUUCUACAACUGGAAAAAGCCCUGCAGAGUUGUUGUAUAACCGGAAAAUCCAUACCAAGUUACCAGAGAUGAGUAAAAGGAUCGAUCACCAAGAGUUACGAGAAACAGAUGCGAGACAGAAAUUAAAAUUCAAAAGAAGGGCGGACGAGAGGCGUGGCGCCGUAGAGUCCAAAGUUGAAAUUGGCGACACAGUUGUACAACGUCAGCCUAAGCGCGAUAAGCUGUCAACCGAGUUCGCGCCUGAAAAGUUUGUCGUGAGGGAGAAAUGCAGGAAUGCAGUGACACUCGAAGAUGAAAAUGGAUCAUCAGUAAAGCGAAACUGCACAGCUGUAAAGAAAUUCAUAUCGAACCGCGAAAAUGAAACAGAAUCGCGUGACCAGGAAAUUAGCGCAGAAGAAUCCGGAGAUGAAUCUGAUAAAGACCGUUCUGUCACAGAUACCGGAAGACCAUCCCGGGAACACAAGCCACCUGCGUAUCUAAGAGACUAUGUGACCACUUGA